AAAAUUUAAAUAAUGAGUUGAGCAGUAUUUUAUUGAAGUUAAUUCAACCGAAUUAACUCCCUAUGGUAAAUAAACCUCAGGAUUAGAUCUAAGUACACCUGAUGAUUAUUAAGAUAGAUAAAUUAAUGAGAGACAUAGGACAUGCUUUAAUAAUUAGUAGAGAUGCAAAUAAUUUUAAUUUCUAUUCUAUUAAAGUAUAAGUAUGAAAACAAUGAAGAAGUAUAGGUUGUUAUUUUAGUUAUAUAUUUAAAUAAUAUGGAUCAGGUAUUAAGAAUAAAAUAAAAGUGAUGAAGGCAUCGAAUAGAAUCAACAUUAUUGAAGUCAGUUCUUUAGAUUUAAAAUAUUUCAUCCUUAAGAUGUAGUCAUUAAAAUGCUUUAUGAAUAUAAAUAAUAGAACAAUAUUCAUUCAUUGAUGAUCAAAAUAGUUGAAUAUUAUAAUAGAAAAGGAUGUUAAUGAAUUUUUUAUGAUAAAAUUAAGGAGGAGUGAGGGAAACAUGUUACACAAAGAGAAUGGAUGUUC